GGCCUUCCCCAACCCCCCACAUAGACUAGACUCGCAGCAGGAUGGCGCACCAAAUGCCCAUGGAGACCCAGCAGGAGCUGCGGCGCCUGCCGGGUAACAACCGCUGCGUGGACUGCGACGCGCCGUACCCUCAGUGGGCGACCGUCUCGUACGGCACCUUCAUGUGCCUCGAGUGCUCCGGUCGCCACCGCGGGCUGGGCGUGCACAUCUCGUUCGUGCGCUCGGUCACCAUGGACUCGUGGACGGACAAGCAGGUGCUGCAGAUGCAGAAGGGCGGCAACGACUCGUUCCGCGCGGCCUUCUCCGCCGCUGGUGUGCCAACGGACCUCUCCAUCAGCGAGAAGUACAACACCCCCCAGGCCGAGGCCUAUCGCCAGCGUCUGACGGCCAUCGUCGAGGGACGCUCUCCGCCGUCGCUGCCUCAGUGGGACCCGAGCAUGCGCAAACCGGCGUCGUCUUCCUUCUCGUCGGCCUCGUACUCAGGUGGUGGCUCUGCAGGUGGCGACACGCGUGGCGUCGAAGCCCUCAAGGGCGAGUCCGAGCAGGACUACGUGGCCCGUCAGAUGAAGCUGCGCGAGGAGGCGCGUGCCCGCAUGGCCGCCAAGUUCGGCGGCAACGGAAUGCAAGGCAUUGGCAGCGGCGGCGAAACGCGCGCGCCUCAGGCUCCCGCCGGCGGUCUCGGAGACCUCUCGGGUGCCUUCAGCUACUUCACCAGCACUGUCACGUCCGCUGCCAGCACGGCUGCCAGUCUUGUCAAGGAUCAAGAUCUGGGCUCGAAGGUGUCGUCCGGUUGGUCCUACGUGCAGAGCGCGAUCCACGACCCGGCACUCUCGGAUAACGUGAAAUCCUCUGCCACAUCGGGUUGGUCAGCGCUGUCUAGCGGCGCAUCGACACUCUUGCAAACCGCGCAGAGCGCAGUGAACGGCAACGGCAGCGCGUAUGGCAACUCGAAUGGCAUGCCCAGCGCAUUCCCUCGCACCAACACCGAGCUGUCGGCUACUGGGAAGUACGCAGGAAUCGGCAGCAGCAACAGCAGCAGCACGAGCUCAUCGAGUCGUGACCAUGACAACGACUCGUGGCUCGACUCGCAGCUUAGCAGCAGCGGUAGCAGCAACGCCAACAGCAGCAGUUUCUACGCGCCGCCCCCGCAGCCCAAGCAGCCCACCCAGACUUCCGACUUGUUCGGGUCGUCGACGUCCAGUACGAACGGUAGCAGUCACGACCUCCUGGGACUCUCUUCAUCGUCUGUAGCGUCAGCCACAAGCAGCAACGGCUCAUCGUCUGCUGCCGUCGCUGCACCUGUUGCCGCCCCAGCUCCUCCAGCUCCUGUUGUACAAAAGGAGAAGCCGAAGAAGGAUGUGGACUUCUUCGGAGAGUUUGGCUUCUAAGCCGGCACAUGUGGGCGCGUGAGGAGGACAGACUAUUUUUUCGUAUUUCAUAAAGAGUAAGCCGUGAGCAGGGGGAGGGCCGAAUGUCACUGUGUGUUUUGCUUGUGU